CAGUGAUUCUUUUAGAAGCAAGUUUUGUUCAAUCAAAAAAAUACAAAAUGAUCUUCCCGGCGGCUCUAAUUUCUGUGCUUUUCCUAAUUUCUGCCUCCAUGGGAUCGGAAGAAGUAAUAGGGUUUUUGAGUGUUGAUGGGGAAAAAAAUGGGGAAAUCGACCUACUAAAAUAUCAAAUUAGUGACUCAAAGAAAACCAAUGAAAUUUUAACGUUGACAAAUCAGUUCCGCGAAGACAUUGGCAAGUUGGGAGAAAUAAUAAAGAAUGGAGGAAUGAAUCAAAAUAAUCAAACAAACUCCAAUAAUCAGACAAAGAAUGUGGUAGUAGAAACUGGGGAAGUCGUAACAACACCACUGCCCAAAAUUAAUAAUCAGACGACGUCAAAAACAGAAAUUAUGGAUCCUUGUCCACGAGGCACAGAAGGCGGAGACCUCCACGAAAUCCAAAUUCCAGGCUCAGACUCGUUUAAAGUGGUUUGUGAUUCAGCAGUGGAGAUUGGAUCUGGAUGGUUGAAAGUUUAUAGGAAGCUUCCUUGGUCACAAAUAUUUAAUCGUACCUAUGAGGAUUAUGAACGUGGAUUCGGAGAUGUUGGACCUUUAUGGGGCGAUGAGUUCUUUAUUGGACUUACACGAUUGCACAUUCUGACGAAAGGAAACCCUCAUGAAGUGCUUUUAAAAACCUAUCUAUUCGACAAAAACAUAUGCGACAACUUUGUUGUAGGCGAUCGAAGCGAAGGGUACAAGGUGAAAAGUAUUGGCAAUUGUACUAGAGACGUAUGGAUAAUUCCUAAGCAGGGCUCCAAAUUUUCCACCUUCGAUAGGGAUGAGGAUGGAGUUCCUGAUCGUAAUUUUGCGGAGGAAUGUGAAUUUGGCUGGUGGUUCAAUCCUGGUAUGAGCAUCGACAAAUAUUUCAUAGAAAUGUACAUCCGAAGAACAGGUUGAAGAAAACCACACCUUUAUAGCGGACUUUGGAAAAUUACCCAGUUUU